CAGCCAGCCAGCCAAGGUUACAGCCGCUCUCUCCCCGCCUCCGAAGGUAGGCAGUCCGCGGCACACAGCUGCACCUCCACAUCCACACUCAACAUCUCGCACUCUAACGCGACCGGGUGGUGACUUUAUGGUGACAAAUGGAGACCUUUAAUCAUAAACUGAACACUUACUUAGAGUCAUGGAUGGGUCCAAGAGAUCAGCGGGUGCGGGGAUGGCUGCUGCUCGACAACUACCCACCAACUUUUGCCCUCACAGUCAUGUACCUUCUGAUCGUGUGGAUGGGGCCCAAGUACAUGAAACACAGGCAACCGUACUCCAGCAGAGGCCUCCUGGUGCUCUACAAUCUGGGCCUCACACUCUUGUCCUUCUACAUGUUCUAUGAGCUUGUUAAGGCCGUUUGGCAUGGGGGCUACAACUUCUACUGUCAGGACACUCACAGUGCACAGGAAGUGGAUAAUAAGAUCAUCAAGGUCCUGUGGUGGUACUACUUCUCCAAGCUCAUCGAAUUCAUGGACACCUUUUUCUUCAUACUACGGAAGAACAAUCACCAGAUCACAUUCCUUCACAUCUACCACCAUGCUAGCAUGCUGAAUAUCUGGUGGUUCGUAAUGAACUGGGUACCCUGCGGCCAUUCGUACUUUGGCGCCUCCCUAAACAGCUUUGUCCACGUUGUAAUGUAUUCUUAUUACGGCCUGUCAGCCAUCCCAGCCAUGCGGCCGUACCUUUGGUGGAAGAAGUACAUCACACAGUUACAGCUGAUCCAGUUCUUUUUAACCAUGUCCCAGACGAUGUGUGCGGUCAUAUGGCCAUGUGGCUUCCCCAAGGGAUGGCUGUACUUCCAAAUAAGUUACAUGGUCGUGCUCAUUGUCCUUUUCUCAAACUUCUACAUACAGACUUACAAGAAGCACAGUGGUUCUCAAAACAAGGAGCAUCAGAACGGCUCCCUACCAUUAACCAAUGGACAUGUAAAUGGCACGCCAUCUACGAAGAGCACUGAACACAACAAACUGAGGGUGGAUUGACAUUUGAGAAACCGCCACAUAAUUAUCACUGUAGCGUGUUAGCUUAUGCUGCUAGGAGGUAUUUUCUUUUUUAGAAUAGUUUAGCACUCACUCGAGAUGAAAUAAGCCAUAGCCAUAUAUAUCCACAGACUUUCCACUUUUUUGCACACGUUCCUUCUCAUUUUAUUGAACUAUUACAUUUAUACAGAAGAGUAUUGUAGUAUGGUUGCAAAAUAUUGCCUCCCCUACCCUCUAAAGGAUAUGUUCACUUGAAAGCAAAAAAAUAUCUAUCUUGCUAACAGCAUUCAAACACACAUGAAGAUUCAUUCAAUGAUGCUUUGCACACAAGAGGUCCAAAGAUGAAAGCUUGAGAGAGUCUGUUGGCAGCUGAAGGUUCCAUCACAGUUGAUGACGUCUCUGUUUCAACAACCCUUAGCAUGUAUGCAUCUUGUGUCUUCUUUAUCUCACUACCUGCACUGUUGCAUAAUCCUAAAUUAUUCCCAUUGUAACACCUAAAUGCAUUUUGAUUGACCGGUUGUGACAGCAAUCUUUUUCUUGUAUAUUCGCAGAGCAGGUUCUCAAAUUCGGAAUAUUUAGCCAUUUAACCAAAGCAUAUCCAAAGCAUAGUGUAUUCGCUAAAGUUAGUAGUUCAACUAGUUUAACACACAAUAAGAGCAGUUGUUGGGUUAAAUGAGCACAAUAACGCUAUAUUUGACUUAUCUUGUAUACCCAUGUUAUAAAUAUAUAGCACUGGGCUGCAACAUCUACUGUAGCUUUAUCCCAUUAAUUCGAUUAGAACUUUAAAUCAUUGACAUUAAUUACAUUCAAUUGAAUAAAGCAACACCCAUAAGGUCUACAGUGCAGCUAUUCAUUGGUAACUAUUGAUGGAAUUGUUUCGUCAUAUAAUGUAUUGUUUUUGUUUUGAGUCUUUACAUAAAUAGGGUGCCUUCUGGACCAGUCGAUUUGGUUUCUAAUAUAACAUUUUUCAUCUUUUUAAUAUGCUAUUACCAGAUUCAUGUUGGUCCAUUUCAGACUUCCAGUUCAAAUCCUGUGCCUGACUAUUUAUGUCUCGUUUUUGAAAAUAUCCUUCCUAACAAUCGAAACAUACUUAAUGCAACACUGAUGUUUAUUGUAUGUUAAAGGAAUCAUUGGGAGAGGAUUUUUUUCUGAGAGUUAGAUGAAAUCAAUAUUCCCACUGUGAAUAAGUUACACUGCAGCUGAUAACCUUAGCCUAACGUAAAGACCGGAAACAGGGAAACAGCCAGCCUUGCUCCCCAGAAGUAACAAAAGAGCCAGGUAUGCUGUUUUCACUUUUUCCAUUCUUUAUGCUAAGCUAAGCUAGCCUGCUGUAGCCUUGUACGGCAUUUAGAGUACAGAUAAAAGAGUGGUACCUAACUAGCUCUUUAAAAGGAAUUAAACAAAAUGUCAAAAUAUUUCUUUUACACAUUCCAAAAACUGUUUCUCAUUUUACAAUUUUAACAUGUUUUUAAAAAAUGAAAGCAAAAUGUCAUUACAUGAGAAUGAUUUUUAUUUUUGGCGGGGGUGGAUAAAGAACGUUGUAGUGAUUUAACUAUUUAUUCCUAUGUGUUCCUUUUGUUUUAUGUUAUUUUCUCUUUACUUAAACUAUUGCCAGGGCAGGAGCCUACACAGUUAUUGCUGGUAUUGAAAACAAAGGUACAAGAUAUGCACAUUAGGAACUCUGUAAAUCUAAAACCCUCGCUGUGGAGCACUACUGCAGUGCUCUACGAUGCUGAAUCAAUUUAAUGAGUUUCUGUAUGGCCGUAACCACUUAUUGAGCAUGCCAUGAUGCUCAAUGUAUAGGUGACCUAGAUUCAGGUCUACUGCAUCAGUAAUUAUUGUCAAAUUCUGAAUUAAUGGCCACAUUGUAUCUGCAUCAGGAAUUUGGUCAGCAAGAUCUGCUUAUAACAGACCAUCUGUUUAACAUUAAUGAGCAAUAUCUACUCAAAAAUGAGGUUUAGUCUUAAUUAUUUUCCACCUACAUGCCACUUUAAUGCCUGGAUACGCAUUGAAUUACACCACAGUUAAUAAAGGCCAAAGAAGCAUCGGUAUGUAGUGAUAUAAAACAUACAUUUUAUGCACUGUUUAAAAAAAGAUAUAUAUAUAUUUUCUGAAAUCGAUGGGGUAAAUGUUGGUUCACUUGUUGUGACUCAUGCUUUACUUACUGUCAAACAUUAAAUACAAACUGAGAUUGUAAAAUUGUUUUCCUUUUUUUUUAAAUUAUGUAAAUGCUAAAAAUAUUGUCUGAAGACAAACAAUAUCUGCAGACUUUAGAGUUUACUGAGGCUUAUAGUUAUUAAAUGUUGGUGUUAACCUUUUAUCAAAGAGGAUCAAUUGUAAUGUUAGUUUGUUGAUCGGUUUAGUGCUAAUAAGCAAAUGUAGCAUGCUAAUACGCUAAACUAAGUUGGUGAAAUGUAAUCAAGCAUGUUAGCAUUGUCAUUGAGCAUGUUAGCAUAACAUUAGCCUGUAGCUCAACGCAGCGCAUGACUGAAAGUCAGUCAAUAUUAUCCAAUAUCGGCUAACUAAGUGAAGCUUUUGAAUUAAAUUAUCAACAAACAUUUUAUAAAAUGAUAAUUAAAGAUGUGAUAGGUAGCCUCAAGAUUGUAUGUUGAAUAAUAAACCAUAACAUCUUUACCAAAACAAAUCUUUAGGUUAAUUUAACCUAUAUGUAUGGUACUACUGCAACCUAUUGACAUAAAAUAAAAUGAUGCAAUGGAAAAAAUAUUUCUUGGGUUUUUAAAUCCUAUUCCUUCCUUGCUUCUUUGU